AUGGAAUCUAAAGAUUUAGAAAAAAAAUCUGAUAUAGGGAAAGAAGUACCAAAAAAAGACAGUAAUGAAAAUAAAAAUAUUGUAAAAGAAAAAAAUGAUAAGUUGACAAUUAAAAAAGACAUGAAAAAAGAUGAAGGAAAUAUAACUGAUAAUGUUAAAUAUUCUCAAAAAAAUGUAACAAUUGAAUUGAAUAAAAAAAAUUUCGAUUCUUCAAAAAGUGUUAGUAGCUAUUUUAGUGAAGAUGAAAAUUGUGGACAAAAAAAAGAAAAAUGUAAGCAAAAAAUUCGACGUUACAAUUAUUGUAAAUAUCAUGAAGAUGAACGUGAUGGAAAAUUAAUGACAAAAAAAGAAAUUAUAGAUAAAUGGCAUCGAAGUGAAUUAAAAAGUGCCUUUCAUGCAAUGGUUGAUGAUGCACGUAAGAAAUUUUUAGAAGAACCAGAAAUAUCUACAACACCUCUCAUGACUAGUGCUUCUAAUGAAAAAGAAAAAACAAAGUCAGAUGUAAUUUUAUCAAAAUCUUCUCCUGAUAUCAAAGUUACUGAUGGAAAAAAAGAUAAUAAUACUAAUGUAGUUUCACAGAAAAUUAUUUCUGACGGUAAAGGAGAACUUAAGACUGACAGAGUUUUAUCAAAAUCACUAAUUCAUGAUGGUACUUCUGAUGUGGUUUCGUUUAAAGUUACUUCUAAUGAAAAAGAAGAGCCAAAGGAUGAUACGUUAUUAUCAAAAUUACCAGUUAAUGAUAGUACUUCUAAUGGAAAAGAUGAACUUAAGAAUGAUACCGUUUUAUCAAAAUUACCAGUUAAUGAUAGUACUUCUAAUGGAAAAGAUGAACUUAAGAAUAAUACCUCUGAAUAUUAUGAAGAAAAUGACAUUGUUAUGUCUACCGUUGAUGAUAAUAUUGUUGAUGAAGAAGAAGGGAAUAGAAUUUGUGAUGAAAUUAAUGAAUUCUUAAUGGUUGAUAGUGAUCAUGGUGAUGAACUUGAAGCAGAAAUUACUGUUUUUAACGAUGUUGAACAAAAAGAAGAAUAUGUUGAACAAAUAGAAGAAUAUUUUGAACAAAUAGAAGAUAUUGAACAUAAAGAAGAAUAUGUUGAACAAAUAGAAGAAUAUGUUGAACAAAUAGAAGAAGAUGUUGAACAAAUAGAAGAAGAUGUUGAACAAAUAGAAGAAGAUGUUGAACAAAUAGAAGAAUAUAUUGAACAAAUAGAAGAAUAUGUUGAACAAAUAGAAGAAUAUUUUGAACAAAUAGAAGAAGAUAUUGAACAAAUAGAAGAUAUUGAACAUAAAGAAGAAGAUAUUGAACAAAUAGAAAAAGAUGUUGAACAAAUAGAAGAAGAUAUUCAACAAAAAGAAGAAGAUUUUGAACAAAAAAAAGAAGAUAUUGAACGAAUAGAAGAAGAUGUUGAACAAAAAGAAGAAGAUAUUGAACGAAUAGAAGAAGAUAUUGAACGAAUAGAAGAAGAUGUUGAACAAAUAGAAGAAGAUAUUGAACAAAAGGAAGAAGAUGUUGAACAAAUAGAAGACGAUAUUGAACAAAUAAAAGAAUAUGUUGAACAAAUAGAAGAAGAUAUUGAAGAAAUAGAAGAAGAUAUUGAACAAAUAGAAGAAGAUAUUGAUCAAAUUGAAGAAGAUGUUGAACAAAUAGAAGAAGAUAUUGAACAAAAAGAAGAAGAUGUCCAACCUCAUAUAAUAGAUGAAAUUUUGUCUCUUCAUCCAUAUGAUGAUAUAUCUUCUUUUACACUUUACCAAUCUGUUUUGAAAGAGGUAUUAAGAAUGAACUUUAAUGAUGAAAUUAAUUCUGGUAGCUUUGUUUUAUCUAAAGAAACUAUAAAGACAAUCAUGAGUACAUUGGAGAAUCAAGAAGAUGAGAAAAGAUUUGAAGAAGUAGAAAACAUUUUAUAUAAGGCUAUAUAUUUUGUUUUAAAGAAAAAAGGAGAACAAUUUGAUAGAGUGAAGUUUAUUGAAAGUAUUGAAGAAUAUCUUGUAAAUCUUUCAAACUUACCUAUGAAUUUUACUAUAAGAAAAACAUUGUUUUGUCUUUUUUUUCUCAUUACUUUACUUACAACUUUAAAUGAAAGAUUGGUAAAUGUAACUCAAAAUUUAGAAAAUUUGACUGGUUACAAUAUCUUUAUUAACUUUUUUGUUCCAACUAUGAAAAUAGUUAUCAAAGAAGCAACUCCAAAAGAGGAAAAAUCUGAAUUUAGAAUAAUGUUUAAGUUAGUGUAUGAUAGAUUUAGUUCUAAUUUAUAUCACAACAUCUUUCCAUUAGAGGAUACAAUUUCUGCUACUGAAUGUGCUAUAAUUCAUCUUUUAGAUGUACUCAAAGAAGAAGGUAUUGAAUAUGCUUUGACUAAUACUUUUUUUUAUCAUAUUGUAAAAGGUCUAACAUCUAACUUGGAUACAAUAUUUUUUGGUAUGAAUAAACCAUUUCCACGAAAAAGUAUUAAUGGGCUUACAAAAAAAACAUUAUUUACACUUGGAGUUGUUAUAAGUGAAAUUGGAUAUCGUGCUUUAAGAAGUAGCAAGUGUUACUUAUUGUUUAUCAAUCAGGUUUUAAUUUGGAAGAAAAUAACCGACUUUAUAGUUGUUUCUGUAAAUCCUAAAGGAAAAGAUCCAUUGAUUGUAAAACUUACUUCAACUUUUGGUUCUAUUGAAAAUUAUAUAAAAAACUUUGAAAAUCUUCUUAAGUUAUAUUUCGACCAAAUAGAAGAUGAAUGUAAAGGGAAACUAAAUAAUGGUUCAGAAAUUGAUGCGGAAUGA